CUUAGGGGGCCAAUGUCAAACGCUCGGUCAGAAUAUCGAUGACACAUCCGGAGUCUGCGGAAACUCAAAAAUCACAUGUUUAUAUCCCUACCUAUAUAUACGGUUUCGGCAAUUGUGUCAGCAUCAUUCGGUAGCCAACCGUCGAAGUAACAACAAUGAAUACCUUUGUGUGUGUUCUCUUGCUCGCAGCCGUUGCGGUGGCUGAGCCGCCUAGGUACAGAUUCAGAUCAGCGAGGCAAGAGGUUGAAGGCAGCGGCGGUGACGCGCCUUACCCCGCAGCUGGAUGGAAACCAGCAAAGGCGUUUGACUUACCAACGCGCCAAGAAGUUCCACCGUCCACUUCUUACGGCGUCCCAGCUGACAGCUACGGUGCUCCCUUCAAUACAUACGCACCACCGCAGCCAGAAUAUGGAGUUCCAGAAGAACCUAAAGAAAACGGAGAAGCUGAAGACGUCGAGCAAAAAGAAGAAACGAACGCGAAACUCGAAGAGGCGCCUAAGAACGAUGCUGAAGUAAUCAGCUCUCAAGGUGCUUACUACGUUUUGCUACCAGGGUCGCAGCUUCAAAGAGUUCAAUUCCAAACUGAGAAUGACAUCAGGAACAUGGCAUAUACAGCAAAGCUGCAAUACAAGAGCGAGGAUAGAGCUCCAAUUUUCGUUUACACCGUACCACAGAUACAGAAUGCGGCAUACGUGCAGUUGAUAUGAUUGGUCUUUACUAUAGUGUAUCGUUACAAAUGAACGCUUCGUAGUGAAGGGAUUGGCUGAACAUCAGGUCAACCAAUUACAACCGAUAUUGCACUGUACCAUGUC